GCUGGGACCUAAGUGAGCCUUGAGACGCUCUGUGGAAGCUCGCUUCAUGUGGUCGAACGGUCGAAGAACCGCAAGGAUCCUAUGAUAGGUUUCUUGUUAUCGGUGAAAGUGACAGUGUUUCGAAUUCCAAGUGAGCGGAUAUGUUGAUACGGCGCACAGAAUGGUUUUGGCUUCAGCUGAUCAUGGCGUGUUUAGCGAAUGCUGAGCGACAAAUGCAGCGUAGACAGAGCGAAGUCACCGACUUUCAUGCGAAACAGUACAGGUUGCGAAAUGUCACAGCUGACACUAAGAUAAAUACACUCUUGCUAACGUUGCCCCAGUCGGAUUCACCGGACGUCCAGUACAAUGUGAGCAGUCCUGACCGGUUCAGGGUGGACGACCGAGGCCGGGUCUUCACCAGAGUAGCCGGCAGCGACUUGCUGAAAGAUGCCAGCAGCACCAGCUUCGCCGUCAACGCCUUCAAUACAGAGAGCUCGGAGAUGAGAGUCUCCAAAGUCCUGCUGCUGACCGGCAACCAGCCGCCCCAGUUCUCCGACGACUCUUACGAGGCAUACGUCUAUGAGAACGCCGCCCAAGGGUCCCUGGUACGAGCCGUGGUCGCCCAGGAUCCGGACACCGACCCCAUCACCUACAUCAUCCGGAAACCGGGCACCAGAAUGGACACAAGCGAGUACGAGAUGCACCCGGCUGACGGCGUGCGCUGCGAGGGCCCGCAGCCGGCUGUGGAGAUCGGCGGUCGCGACCAGUCGGCCGACGGCGCCGUUUGCGUCCAAUACACCUACUCCGCCACAUUCCACGAGGCGCACGAUCUCAAGUGGUCGUCGCUCUGGGACUACCUGCUGGAUUCGCCGCCGAACGCCAACAUCUAG